GCCGCCGUCGCCGCCGCCCUCCGCAGCCCAGCCGGCACCCGCGCCAGCUCUGCAGUGCACUCGUCGCCUCCCGGGCCGGUCCCACCGAGAGUCAGCCUAGCGCGCCGGGAGGAGCCCGCCUCGAACGCCCUGCGCAAGGGUCAUGAGCCAGAGCGCCCCGGGGCGCCGCGCCGAGAGCCAGCGGAGGUAGCGGCCCAAGCUGCCCUGACGCGCGCCCGCCGCGUCCCCAGACCUUCCUGUCCUUUCCUCCCGUCCGGUCGCUGCCAUGGCCACCCUGCUCCGCAGCAAGCUGACCAACGUGGCCACGUCCGUGUCCAACAAGUCCCAGGCCAAGGUGAGCGGCAUGUUUGCCAGGAUGGGCUUUCAGGCGGCCACGGAUGAGGAGGCGGUGGGCUUCGCACACUGCGACGACCUCGACUUCGAGCACCGCCAGGGCCUGCAGAUGGACAUCCUGAAGUCCGAGGGCGAGCCCUGCGGGGACGAGGGCGCCGAGCCUCCCGUCGAGGGAGACAUCCAUUACCAGCGCGGCGGCGCUCCUCUGCCGCCCUCCGGCUCCAAGGACCAGGCCGUAGGUGGCGAGUUUGGGGGUCACGACAAGCCCAAGAUCACGGCGUGGGAGGCGGGCUGGAACGUGACGAACGCCAUUCAGGGCAUGUUCGUGCUCGGCCUCCCCUACGCCAUCCUCCACGGCGGCUACCUGGGCCUGUUCCUCAUCAUCUUCGCCGCGGUGGUGUGCUGCUACACGGGUAAGAUCCUCAUCGCGUGCCUGUACGAGGAGAACGAAGACGGCGAGGUGGUGCGCGUGAGGGACUCGUACGUGGCCAUUGCGAACGCCUGCUGCGCCCCUCGCUUCCCCACGCUGGGCGGCCGCGUGGUCAACGUGGCGCAGAUCAUCGAGCUGGUGAUGACGUGCAUCCUGUACGUGGUGGUGAGCGGCAACCUCAUGUACAACAGCUUCCCGGGGCUGCCCGUGUCGCAGAAGUCCUGGUCCAUCAUCGCCACGGCCGUGCUGCUGCCCUGUGCCUUCCUGAAGAACCUCAAGGCCGUGUCCAAGUUCAGCCUGCUGUGCACGCUGGCCCACUUCGUCAUCAACAUCCUGGUCAUCGCCUACUGCCUCUCGCGCGCGCGCGACUGGGCCUGGGAGAAGGUGAAGUUCUACAUCGACGUCAAGAAGUUCCCCAUCUCCAUCGGCAUCAUCGUGUUCAGCUACACGUCGCAGAUCUUCCUGCCCUCGCUCGAAGGCAACAUGCAGCAGCCCAGCGAGUUCCACUGCAUGAUGAACUGGACGCACAUCGCCGCCUGCGUGCUCAAGGGCCUCUUCGCGCUCGUCGCCUACCUCACCUGGGCCGACGAGACCAAGGAGGUGAUCACGGAUAACCUGCCCGGCUCCAUCCGCGCCGUCGUCAACCUCUUCCUGGUGGCCAAGGCGCUGCUCUCCUACCCGCUGCCCUUCUUCGCGGCCGUGGAGGUGCUGGAGAAGUCGCUCUUCCAGGAGGGCAGCCGCGCCUUCUUCCCCGCCUGCUACGGGGGCGACGGGCGCCUCAAGUCCUGGGGGCUGACGCUGCGCUGCGCGCUGGUCGUCUUCACGCUGCUCAUGGCCAUCUACGUGCCGCACUUCGCCCUGCUCAUGGGUCUCACGGGCAGCCUCACCGGAGCCGGCCUCUGCUUCCUGCUGCCCAGCCUCUUCCACCUGCGCCUGCUCUGGCGCAAGCUGCUGUGGCACCAGGUCUUCUUCGACGUGGCCAUCUUCGUCAUCGGCGGCAUCUGCAGCGUGUCCGGCUUCGUGCAUUCACUCGAGGGCCUCAUCGAGGCCUACCGAACCAACGCCGAGGACUAGGGGGCGAGGGCCCUGCCUCCCACCCUCCCCCGCCCCAGC